AUGGGAUCCACAGCCUCUACUACAAGCUCCACAUCUAUUUCCAGCUCCCCAACCUCUACUAUGAGCUCCACAUCUAUUUCCAGCUCCCCAACUUCUACUAUGGGAUCCACAGCCCCUACUACAAGCUCCACAUCUAUUUCCAGCUCCCCAGUCUCUACUAUAAGCACCACAUCUAUUUCCAGAUCCCCAACCUCUACUCUGAGCUCCACAUCUACUUCCAGCUCCCCAACCUCUACUAUGGGAUCCACAGCCUCUACUACAAGCACCAUAUCUAUUUCCAGCUCCCCAACCUCUACUAUGAGCUCCACAUCUACUUCCAGCUCCCUAACCUCUACUAUGGGAUCCACAGCCCCUACUACAAGCUCCACAUCUAUUUCUAGCUCCCCAGCCUCCACUACAAGCUCCACAUCUAUUUCCAGCUCCCCAACCUCUACUAUGGGAUCCACAACCCCUACUACAAGCUCCACAUCUAUUUCCAGCUCCCCAGUCUCUACUAUAAGCACCACAUCUAUUUCCAGAUCCCCAACCUCUACUCUGAGCUCCACAUCUACUUCCAGCUCCCCAACCUCUACUAUGGGAUCCACAGCCUCUACUACAAGCACCAUAUCUAUUUCCAGCUCCCCAACCUCUAAUAUGAGCUCCACAUCUACUUCCAGCUCCCCAACCUCUACUAUGGGAUCCACAGCCUCCACUAUAAGCUCCACAUCUAUUUCCAGCUCCCCAGCCUCCACUAUAAGCUCUACACCUAUUUCCAGCUCCCCAAACUCUACUAUGGGAUCCACAGCCCCUACUACAAGCUCCACAUCUAUUUCCAGCUCCCCAGUCUCUACUACAAGCUCCACAUCUAUUUCCAGCUCCCCAACCUCUACUCUGAGCUCCACAUCUACUUCCAGCUCCCCAACCUCUACUAUGGGAUCCACAACCCCUACUACAAGCUCCACAUCUAUUUCCAGCUCCCCAGUCUCUACUAUAAGCACCACAUCUAUUUCCAGAUCCCCAACCUCUACUCUGAGCUCCACAUCUAUUUCUAGCUCCCCAGCCUCCACUAUAAGCUCCACAUCUAUUUCCAGCUCCCCAACCUCUACUAUGGGAUCCACAGCCCCUACUACAAGCUCCACAUCUAUCUCCAGCUCCCCAGUCUCUACUACAAGCUCCACAUCUAUUUCCAGCUCCCCAACCUCUACUCUGAGCUCCACAUCUAUUUCCAGCUCCCCAACCUCUACUAUGGGAUCCACAGCCUCUACUACAAGCUCCACAUCUAUUUCCAGCUCCCCAGUCUCUACUACAAGCUCCACAUCUAUUUCCAGCUCCCCAACCUCUACUCUGAGCUCCACAUCUAUUUCCAGCUCCCCAACCUCUACUAUGGGAUCCACAGCCUCUACUACAAGCUCCACAUCUAUUUCCAGCUCCCCAGCCUCCAUUACAAGCUCCACAUCUAUUUCCAGCUCCCCAACCUCUACUAUGGGAUCCACAGCCCCUACUAUAAGCUCCACAUCUAUUUCCAGUUCCCCAACCUCUACUAUGGGAUCCACAGCCCCUACUACAAGCUCCACAUCUAUUUCCAGCUCCCCAAUCUCUACUACAAGCUCCACAUCUAUUUCUAGCUCCCCAACCUCUACUCAGAGCUCCACAUCUACUUCCAGCUCCCCAACCUCUACUAUGGGAUCCACAGCCCCUACUACAAGCUCCACAUCUAUUUCCAGCUCCCCAACCUCUACUAUGGGAUCCACAGCCUCUACUACAAGCUCCACAUCUAUUUCUAGCUCCCCAACCUCUACUAUGGGAUCCACAGCCUCUACUACAAGCUCCACAUCUAUUUCCAGCUCCCCAGCCUCCACUACAAGCUCCACAUCUAUUUCCAGCUCCCCAACCUCUACUAUGGGAUCCACAGCCCCUACUACAAGCUCCACAUCUAUUUCCAGCUCCCCAGCCUCUACUAUUGGCUCUACAAUCUCUACUACUGGUCACACAACCCCUUCUACAGCUUCUGUAACAUCUAUCCCUUACUCUACCAUCUCUACUCUUGAAUCUACUACCAUUGGAACAGGCUCCAUGACCUCUACUAAGGACUCUUCAACUAGAACAGGCUCUCCAACUACUGGGAGAAUCUCCAGUACAAGCAGCAGUGCCCCACCAGUGAGACCUGCUCAGCCCCUGAAACCCUGGGCUAUUGCUCUCAUCUCUGUUGCCACAAUUAUUGGGGUUGUGGGUGCUGGCAUUGGAUUCUUCUUCUGUUUUGCGGUGGCCAUGGUCCUGACUUCAGGGAAUUCCUGGUCCCAUAAGAAGACACAGUCCCUGCUCUCAGAAAGCUACCUGACCAAGAAGCCACCAUGUGGUUCUGGGGACACAGAAAGAACUAGCCAAAGUACUGAGAUCCCAAUACCUACCGAGUACCCAGGAACCACCACUGAAGAAUACACCACUGAAGAAGACGCCACUGAAGAAUAUACCACUGAAGAAGACACCACUGAAGAAUAUGCCACUGAAGAAUACACCACUGAGGUCCCAGGAACCACCACUGAAGAAUACACCACUGAGGUCUCAGGGACCAUCACUGAAGAAUAUACCACAGAGGAAUAUACCAAUGAGGUCCCAGGGACCACCACUGAGGAAAAUACCACUGAAGAAUACACCACUGAAGAAUAUACCACUGAGGAAUACACCACUGAGGUCUCAGGGACCACCACUGAAGAAUAUACCACAGAGGAAUAUACCACUGAGGUCCCAGGAACCACCACUGAAGAAUAUACCACUGAGGAAUACACCACUGAGGUCCCAGGGACCACCACUGAGAAUCCAAGGACCAUGGCUAAACCUACAGGCUUCCUGAAGCCCUGGCAAAUCAUCCUCAUUUCUCUAGCCGUUGCUGCACUUACAGUUGGACUCUGUGUUGGACUUGGCUUUUUUCUGGUGAGUGCCUAG